GGAUCAUGGUUCAGUGUCCACACCCAGGUUGAGGAUUGAGGGAUCCCAAAUCAGCCCGCCGCAAAAAUCAAACCACCGAAGGUCCUCGAAGUUAAUUUGGCAAAAGUACAAGGACCAUUCAGCAAAAAUAUGCGAAUCUUUCACGGCCAGCUCGCUGUGCUUAUGACACAACAAGUAAUCUCUCCUCGCUCUUUCUCUCUCUACAGUUUCAGACUCUCUCCUUCUUCGUCACCACCUUGUGGAGUUUAGCUAUGGCUCUUCCCCAACACCACUUUCAACAACACUACCAGCCCCAACAACAGCAACAGCAACAGCAACAGCAACAGCAAACGCAAUCCAAGUCAUUCAGAAAUUUGUACGCGAUCGACGGUCAGAUGUCGCCGGCGGUGGCCUACUUCGACCCCAACGCCUUGCAAGAUCACUCCCAGCACCCGCCUUCGCCUUAUGUUCCCCCCUUUCAUGUAGUAGGGUUUGCACCGGGUCCGGUGGCUGCAACAGACGGCAGUGACAAUGGUGCUGAUUUUCAGUGGAACUAUGGCUUAGAAUCCAAGAGGAAAAAGCUCAAGGAGCAGGAUUUCUUGGAGAACAACUCGCAGAUGUCGUCGGUUUUGCAGCAGCAAUCAGUCUCGACAGGCUUGGGUCUGUCCCUUGACAAUAAUCGCAUGGCGUCUACAGGGGAUUCAGCUUUGCUGUCUCUCAUUGGCGAGGAUAUUGAUCUUGAGAUACAGCGGCAGGAUUCUGAAAUUGAUAGGUUCCUCAAAGACCAGAGUGAUCGUUUGCGACAAAAUAUCCUGGACAAGGUCCAAGCUGCCCAACUUCAAACUCUCUCAGUUGUAGAAGAAAAGGUACUCCAGAAACUCCGGGAAAAAGAAGCAGAAGUGGAAAGCAUCAACAAGAAGAAUAUGGAGCUUGAAAAACGAAUGAAUCAGUUGGAUCUUGAAGCCAGGAUUUGGCAACAUCAAGCCAGCAACAAUGAACACAUGAUCGCAGCUCUCAAGGAUAAUCUUGAUCAAGUAAUUGCUCAAAGUAGAGACAGCAAAGAAGGAUGUGGUGACAGUGAAAUAGAUGAUACAGCUUCCUGCUGCAAUGGCCGUUCCAUCAAUUUCAAUAUGUUCGGCAAGCAGAGCAAUGAUAUGAAAGAGGUGAUGACGUGCAAGGCCUGCAGAAUGAAUGAAGUGUGCAUGCUUCUAUUACCUUGUAAGCAUCUUUGCCUGUGUAAAGACUGCGAAAGUAAGCUCAGCGUUUGUCCUCUGUGUCAGUCCUCUAAGUUUAUCGGCAUGGAAGUAUUUUAUUAAUGUUACUCAGUUCAUGUGAAGUUGUAAUCUUAUGUACUCACAGGCAUUGUUGUUAUAAUCUGGUCAUUACUUGCUUGAAUAGCAUCCCAAUACAGUCGAUUCAAGUAAAGAAUUGCAUUGACUUUAGCCUUAUGUG